AAAGUUGUAUAUCAAGUGUAAUUGAAAAAUAAAUUAAAAAAAAGAAAAAAAUUCCAUAGAACAGCUUUCAAAGAUGAACCUAUAAAAAAAGAAACUGUUUCUUUUUAAUCAUUUUCAAUUGUCCUCAGAGAUAUUAAAAAUUAUUUAAAAUUUUAGUUGGAUACAUAAUGCAUUUAAAAUAAGUAUGGAGUGGGAAGUAUCAGGGUGUAUGGCUGGAGACAAGGUGAGCUGCAAAUAGAAACAGUGGAAAUAUUUCAGAAUGGGUUUUUAAACUUUUCUAUUUGUUAAAGCUCCAAAGGUAAAGUUAAAUAAAUGAAUGUUAGAGGGAAUGGAUAGGGACAUGAGGAAUUCUGAAUUAUAGACCUAAUCUGCCUAUGGUAAUUUCUUUGAAGUCUCCAAUUUAAUGUUUUAUGUCACUUAAAUAACUAUUUCAUAGUGUGUCCAUGUUCAUUUUUGUAUAAAAUAUUCCCCCAAGUCUCCAAGUAAAUACUUGGUUCUUUCAGGUGACUUUCCACACCAUGUGCCUUCCAGUUCAUCCAGCACUUUGUUCAAGUAUCCAUAAGGGUAGGAGUACCCAGUUUGAUAAACUCAGCACAAGAGCAAAAUAGUUGGGGCACCUAAUCCAACUUGUUAACUAUCUUUCUUCCUAUCACUAUUCCCAUCAAUGACUAGAAAUGGAGGUGCUAGAACAAGGUAGAUGGUGGUGGUGGUAGUGGUUGUGGCUGCCUCUCUGAUAGAUGGCUAUCUCAAAGUGCAAUGGAUAGUUUGAGUAGAGAGUGAGUUGCCUUGAGUGGAAGUGUUUAAACAGAGGUAGAUUGAGACUAUAUUGGAAAGUUAAGCCUCAGCUGUGGGGUAAGACUGGAUAAAAGAAUCUAGAUCAUAUGGUAGGAUAAAAGGAAAUUUUGUUUUCCUCUAAGGCAUACUGUAACUAAAUUGAUCAUUUACAUUAAUAUACAAAAAAAAUCUAGUAGCAUCGUUAGGGCAUUUAAAUUAAACCAAUAGGAUAAUAACUCCAGUAGAAGUAAAAAUUGGAGAUAAUAUUGUUGAAUAUAAGAUUUACUGAUGAAAUAACUGUAAAGAAAAAAUGAAAGUAUCUUGGUUUUAUUAUAUUGUUUAAAAUAUAAACAAGCAAAACCUGGAUUGGGAGUAUAUUGUCCUGGAUAGCAGUAGUAUGUUGGGUAGAGAAAAUGAAGAAAUGAUGGGAGGAGGAAGGUCAGAGAAGAGCUGAGGAUGGGGCUGAGAAGAGAGUUUUUUCUUCUGUCCUUAAACUGUUGCAUUGGUUUUUACUGGAUCAUCUUACCUCCUAUUGCCACAGCAGGCUAAUCGAAGGAGCCCUGGAACCAUUUUUAGGCAUUCUUUUUUCUAUUAUCAUCUAGGCCUUGGUCUAGCUUGGAACUCUAUGGGAAUCCAUCGAGAUUUCUUCCUUAUUAAACAUUUAGAAAGAUGGGCUCUGAAGUUGGAGGGGAUGUAAGUAAUUUGUUUAUUUUAAAUGUUGAUACAUCAAAAUGUAGCCUGUGGACCAACAGCACCUGCAGCAUGGAAAUCACCGGGAAGCUUGUUAGAAAUGCAGAAUUUCAGGCCCCACCCUGCUCUACUGAAUCAUAAUUAUAACAAGAUCUCCAUGGGAUUCACAUGCACAUUAAUGUUUAAGAAGUACUGAUAUAACAUAUUUAGUUUGCAUUCUUAUAGGGUAUCAUCUACUCCCAGGGUGUCAGUAAUUUCCUGGAUGGUGUUAAAUGAGGUUGUACUGUCUCUUAAUUAAUCCAUUAAUCCAUUAUCACAUUUAAUCCUCACAACAAAUCUUGGAGAUACAUUAAUCUUUAUAUUGCAGAUGAGACAGUGAAGUAAUUUAUCCAAGAUAACUACUUUUGGUGAAUAUGUUAUACCUGGGUCUGACUUGUUUCCAAGUCUUUUUUUCUUUUCCUACACUCUAUUGCUUUUUCUUGAACUUAAUCUUGAGUAAUUGUUUAUGCAUUAGGAGAAUAAAGCCCAUUAAAAAAAGAUUGCAAAAGAGAGCCCUACUGAGUGUGUUAAAAGAAAGAAGUCUUUCAGUCAUUCAAAGAUUAUUUCAAAAAGCGUUUCGCACUUCUCAUGGUGAUAAAGCAAAUGAGACAGAGUGAAACAUCAUUGGCCCCUGGCUUUUGGUGUAACUUAGGGAAGAGAGAGGACUGCAUCCUGUUAUGCACACACUUUAUCCUGCCCAUUGGCUGACUUGCAUCUUGUUGCUGUUGAGGCAGGCCCCAUCUAUUCAAGCCUAUGUUGAGCCAGGUGCUAAGAGCAGUACUGACUGUAUUAUGUUGAGGCUGCCCAUAUGCCUCCAUGCAAACUAUAGUUCAAGAGCUGAAAACUAUUUGCAUUUUCAAUCUCUCAGAUGGCUUUGAACAAAACCAAUGCCAAUAAGGCUAUUUGAAUGCUUUAUAUUUGCCAAAAUAGUGUAGAACUUAUGGCCACCAUCCAAAUUAUUAAGAAAUUAUUUUCAGAAUAGUUACAUUUUCCAGAGAGAGGUGCAAAGAAACCCUAUAAAACACUGGAGAUGACCGUGAUCACCCUUUGUUCUUGUAAAACUCCAUUCAACUGGAAAAACAAAGGAUUAAACAAAAACCAACUGAUACCUGCCUUGAGGCUGGGGACCCUCUGCCACUCUAGCUUUGGGGUUGUAACACAGAUGGACUUGUUUCAAGCUGGGUAACAUUUGGUGUGGGCUGUCCACACUGCACAAGCAUUUCUUAGGGGAACUAGAUAAUGCUUUAAAAUGAGCAGUGGAUUAGAAGUAUGAAGUUAGUGUGGGGCAUACCCCGGUAUCUUACAGUAGAGCUGAGUGUACAUGGGGGCAGGGAGGCACACUUUUCAGUUGAGUAAAGGUAGGGAAAGCACUAAUGUUUCUUGAUGAGUUUCAGGUCUGUUUUCACACUUGAAGGGGCCUCUGUUGGCUCAUCCUUUCGUAGGGUGUGUGAGUUUGUCGGUGGAGGAGACCAGCUUCAUCGAGGUCUCUUUCCUCUGCUCUGUCCGGCUCAGCUUUCUCUAAAGUGAUGACCUUGAGGGCCUCCUAGCUUAGGAGUUUUUAGAGCCGAAUUGGCUGCCUGGGAGUCCAGUCUGAUAGGGGCGCCCUGCUGACGCCUCCACAGUCACAGUAUCCUUCCCUCCCGCUGUCUUUCUGACGUUAGCAUAAGACUAGGACUCGGAGCGAGAGAGGAGUCCUGGACUUCAAGGACCAAUUAACUUGGAGGUCCCAACCUUUUGUUCAGAGCCAGCCCAACUCGGAGAACUCAAGAGUCAGCCUCGAGAGAAAAGCUUUUUGAGUUAAAAAGAAAGGGCGGGGGGGCAGGCGCAAACCCAUCUUAAAUGUCAGUCCAAUAUCCACGGGGGCGAGCGACAGCAGGUAAUUAGAAGCAAUUAGCUGUCCCCCUGCCGGGAAGCCGGGCAAUUACCUUUUUCUUUCUUCCUCUUCCGUCCUUCCUUCUCUGGUGGAAUCGGUAGAAGUGCCUUGCUCUCUAAGCAGCUAUGUACGCUGAGCUGGCAUAGGAAUGAGGGAUGAAUUGAGCAAGGAUUCCGUCUCCUCCUCCAGCCGCCGCGGUGGCCAGGGGCAGAGCAGUGCAUUGUGGAGGCUGAGCGCGCCGCAGCAGCUGGAGCUGCGGCCCCCGGGACCGCCGGGCGGAGAGCUGUCCGAGGUGCUGACCGCCUCGGCCCGCAACCGGACGGCGCCCUGCGUACGCACCUGCACCGGACCCCUCCAAGUCCUGGCCUUCCUCCCACAUUACGUCUGUGUGUCUCUCUUUACCUAGGAGCGUAGCGGCUGGAGGAAAUCAUGGUGUUCGCUCCAGGUGAGAAACCUGGGAAUGAGCCUGAAGAGGUGAAGCUGCAGGAUGCCAGCAAACAGAUCGUGCAGAAUGCCAUCCGGCAGGCUGUGCGGCAAGUCUCCCAAGAGAGUCGGCGGAGGGAGGAGCCCUCCAGUGACAACCGGGGCGCCUUCCAGCUAGGCGUGGGGAAAUUAACCAAGAAGCAUGAAAAGAAGUAACACAUGUAUUUGGCUCUUGUCAUGUGCUUGGCUUCCAGCCUUCCUCUUAGUAUAGGAUACGUCGCCAAAUGUUGCCAGUAAAGCAAACCAAAGUGUCAUCGGCACCUAGCAGUAGAAUGAAUUCGCGCUAGCCCUUGGCUGAGAAGCACUGUUUUGAGAAAAGUGCGUUAGACGAUUCUGUUUAUAUUAAUGCAGUGCCUCUGAAACAUAGUGGGGCCAAACAUGACACUAUAAUUGCAAAAGUAGUUUUGCAGCACAAUUUAUUUUUAAAGUUCUUUUUAAGAAAAACAAUUCUGUCUUGUUUGUUUUGCCUUUUAUGUAUUCUUUCUGUGAAUUUAACCAGCAGUCCCUUUUGCUGAAAUAUUGAGUGCAGUACUGUGUUCAUUAUAUUUUUAAAAGACUCGCUGGAAAGGGGAAGGAAUUAAGUUUCAGUCGCCUUCAAAUAUGGAAUUGAAGGCUUUUGUAAAGUGAGUUCAGGUCCAAGAUCAAAUUAAGCAAAGACAAAUUCUAAGACUGAGUCCCUCAGGAUCUUAUCAAGGCAUAUAUUUAUAUUCCUUUAAAUAAAGGAGGUUAGCAUUUCAAGAACUCGAACUUUUAGUCUCAUUUGUGUGAUAGUUGGUGUUUACUCUCUGUGCAGAAAUCCUUUAGAAAUAUUAUGGAUUUCUUUAUUCAUCUCAAAAUUAAAAUAAGACAAGUACAUCUAUAUGUAUAAGUUGCAAUGACUCAGUUCUUUGGCAGCCUCAUGAAGUGCAACUAGAAUUGUAGAUUCCUUCCUGGCGAUACACUAGGAUGUGAUUCUGGGGUGCAAUGUCCUUGAAAGGAGCUCUGGGGCCUUAUAAAUGCUGUUUUGCCAUCAGGCUAUUUAUUUGCACUAGUACCUUGCUACUAAAAACUUCCCUUUUACCCAUCAAUGAAUUAGAAUUAUUUUUUUGAGACUAUGAAAAUCAUACAUAUCAGGAAUGAAUAAUACUUAAAAUGAGGAAACCAUUUCUUAAAAACCUUCUGAAGCAUGAAAAUACAGUGGUAACAAAAAACAUGACAGUGUUGUUAUUGUAGUUACAGAGAUCUAUGCGUGUGUAUGAAUAAAGCCAUCUCUAUUCCAA